AUGCUCGCUGUGUCGGUGCUCAUGCCGUUUGUGGCGAGUCUCCCGCUCGUCUCCAUGCCUAUGCGUGCGACGCUCCUCUGUGCUGUGUUCAAUGCAGUGGACCCCAAAGAGCAUGCUAUUCUUUCUUGGAAAGCACAAGAGUUUGCCUACCGACAGUUCAGCCAGGAUAGCAACGAGCUCCCCACUCUUGCUCGUGGGCUGUUUACAGAACAAGUGACAGGGCCCAACGGUGAAGACCACCAGCGUAUUCUCGUGCGUGGCUACGAUAAAUUUUUCAAUGUCGGCGAGCUUGCAUGGACACAGCCUGCAGCGAUUAAAGCAUUUUCCACCGGGCCAUACAUUGUAUCUUACAAAGAGAAUGGGUGUAUUGUUUUUGUCGCUGCACUCACGCAGGAACGGCUUGUCGUCACCUCAAAGCAUGCCAUUGGAAACCGCGCUGCCGAGGAGGAAAAAAUGAGUCAUGCUGAAAUGGGCCGAGUGUGGCUGCAGCGCCACUUGGCGCGCAGCGGGCGGUCCGAGGCACAGCUUGCUCGAGAGCUCUGGGACAGGGAUGAGACUGCUGUAAUGGAGCUUUGCGAUGACGAGUUCGAGGAGCAUGUACUACGAUACCCCCAGGACCGAACAGGACUUCAUCUACAUGGCCUGAACGCAAACGCCGUCGACUUUGCCACACGCACAAUGGAAGAAGUGCAAGCUUUUGCAGAAAUGUGGGGAUUUAUCCCUGUGCGUUUCCGCACCUUUGCUACCCUCGCCGAGGUGGAUGCAUUUGCGUCUGAAGUUGGCAAGACGGGCUCAUUGCAUGGCGAGCCUAUGGAAGGAUUCGUGGUGCGCACAAAGAUGCGAAACGAAGUAGUGCGUAGCACAGAUGCUGUGCAACCUCCGUACAAGCCGGGGCAAACGUGGUUUUACAAAAUCAAAUUUGACGAGCCGUACCUCAUGUAUCGCGACUGGCGCGAAUUGACACGAACUAUGCUUAGCGAGCGAGACCGCUGGAACAAUCUGCGUGCCGAUGCGGUUGCUGGCAUUGUGGAGACCACUUUUUUGGAAAACAAAGAGGACGAUGCCGAUGUGGUUUCUUCGCUCCAUGACCAUGUCGCCCAAGCCGAGCGCGAUUUUGCCGCGGAAAAGAUCAGCAAAAAGGAGCUGAAACGUGUGCAGAAGCGACUCCAGCAUUACCAUCAACGGCGGGAAAAGGAACGUGCCAAAGCAGAAAUCGCUCGUGGUACAGCACAACCGUGCAUGCCGCUGCCUCGCUCGCAGCGUCCGGAAACGCAUUUGUAUGUCCAAUGGGUGUACGACCGCUUGUAUGGUAACUGUGAACGUGAAAUUGAGGCAGAGCCAGCGCUGUUUACUGCGUUUCACGAAGGGCACGGCAUCAUUGCGUUGCGUGAAAAGUUUCUUGCUUUUUUGGAAACACCUCAAGGUCAAGCACAGCUACAGCUUCGUGGGGGCGAGGCUGCGCGAGACUUGCGAACCGAUGACAGGCCUUUUGAAAAAACGUUGCUUAUUCCAAUCGCUGUGCCGGGAAGUGGAAAGACUGCGCUGGGAGUUGCGCUCACACACUUGUUUUCUUGGGCGCAUGCACAGAGCGACGAUGUGCAGAACAAACGGACAGGACCUGCAUUUCUCAAGCUUGUUGAGUCGGCAUUCGACAAGAGCGGUGUCGUGAUUGCAGACAGGAACAAUCAUUUGCUUCAGCACCGUGACGAGCUGGUUGACUUGUGUUUGCGUGUAGAGCCUGGGGAGGAGUUCCAGUAUAAAGGCAUUCUCACGCGGUUUAUUAAGGAUAUGCAAACAUUCCGCAGCUCUGGGAAUUCGUCCGACGACCAAAUCGACGAGCUUAUCUGGCUGGAUCUGGGCGAUGCUCUUCCUGCAAGUCUCGACCGAAUUUUGGACCGUUUGUGUCCGAUGCUAGGGCUGCAACGUCCGCCGCAAGAGUCAAUCGACGCCGCACUCUGCGCUGCAGAAUCGUAUGUUCCAGCUGUGCGCAAGCCGCUGCCGAGCACAGUGCCCAAGAGCAGCGUGCCGGACUAUACCGUACAUCCUUCUUCGUACAUUGCCGUGUUUGUGCACUUGGAUGCUGUGGAAGUUGCGAUGCAAGUACUUGAUACGCUGCCUGCUACAGCGCCAUACACAAGCGCACAUACGUUGCUAUCUGCAAUCAAGGAAAAGGGCCGCGCAGUCGCGCGGCCACACAUUACGUUGGUCCAUCAAAUGGAUUCAGCAGCGUACGUGGAUGCGCAUUGGGAUACGCUAUUUUCGUUAGCGACGCGCAGUGUUCAUGAUAGACCGAGCUUUUUCUUGACGCUUACGCAACUUGCUUGGAACGACCGUGUUAUGGCGUUCAAAGUUGGCGGAAUGCAUGCGGAUGCGCCGUUCCAGGAUCUCUCGCUCACGACGCACAAAACAAUGCAUAUUACUGUGGGCACUGCAGAUGCAGAGGUGGAGGCCGUGGAGUCGAGUGCUUUGUUUGGCGACACUGUGGAUGCAUAUGUCGUGUCUAUACAGGAGCGGACGGUGCAUGGCGUGUUGGGAUUUCAUAGCAAUCCAAAAAAGGCUACCAAUGAACAUGCAGGGUAUUUGCUCCCUCAUCUCAACAAAUCGAUGCACUUGUUGGAUGUGGGGUCUGGUGCAGCCACGAUUACCACUGGCUUCGUCCCGCUUGUUGCCUCUGUCACUGCUUUGGAGCUCAAAAAAGAAGCUUUGGAUUUGACACGGCAAGAGGCUCAACGCAACGGCGUGGAAAUGGACUUUGCUCUUGGCGAUGUCCAUGCGCUCCCGUUUGCGGACAAUACGUUUGACGCGGUUCACGUACAUCAGGUGUUGCAGCAUGUCGCCGAUCCUAUUCUUGCACUAAAAGAGAUGCGACGUGUGGUGAAGCCUGGUGGCGUCGUUGCUGCACGCGAAAGCGACUACGAAGUGUUUGCGUGGUUUCCAGAGGACCCUUUGCUGAGCGAAUGGCGGCAACUGUACCUUGAUAUUUCACGCUCCAAUGGCGGGCAUCCAGAUGCUGGACGCAGGCUUUUGUACUGGGCCAUGGUGGCAGGAUUCACGGAUAUUGAGCCAAGUGCCAUGUCUUGGUGCUUUGCCACGCAGCCGACGCGCGAUUAUUGGGGAGGCAUGUGGGAGAGACGCAUCCUCGAUUCCAGUAUUGCUGAACAGGCAAGAUCGCGUGGCGUAUCUCAGCAAAAGCUGGAGGACAUCUCCCAGGCAUGGGCGCGCUGGAAGGAUACGCCGUAUGGCUGGUUUAUGGUUCCUCACGCAGCGAUUCUUGCUUACAAAUAA